UGCCAUUAAAACAUAUUUCGGCAAACACCGAACUGAAAGCAGUAUGAAAACAGUCCUGUUUAUAGUUGUCCUUAUUGGUAUUGAAAGUGUAGAAAAUACUCACGAAUUGGAGAAAGAAAUAAAGAAAUAUGGAAGAAAAAUUGAAGAAAACCAGCAAAAGUCUGGUGAUUUCGUGAGAAGUGGAGGAAAUCUGAUGAACGAACAAGUACUCGGAAAGGAUUCAAAACGACUGUUGCAGGGUGACGAGAUGACUAACGGUAUAAUUGACGUAGUGUCAGAAAUACUUGGAGGCAUUCCAGUUAAUAUGCCGGGUGGAAGUAUGGUGACUUAUGAUGGAUUAUUGGAAAAUCUUCUGAAGGACUUUAAUCUAGCUAAAUUUAUUAACUGUACCUUAAACCAGCUUCAGUCUAAUAUGGACAAAUGCUUUAGGGGACUUUUACUCAAUGGUUUCAACAUUAGUUCUGUUUAUUUUAAUAUUAAUGCGUUACUAUUUGGAAUUAAUGGUCGUGAGGACGAAUGCACCACGUGUGGUGGUAAGGAUCUAGAUAUUCAAUUGACACUUCUUGAAAAUCUCUGCCCGCUUGUCGCUAAUAUUACGUAUUAUUUGGGUUGCAUCGUAAAAGAAACUUCUAAACUCAGCUGUUUUAAUUAUAUCGGCACACGUCUUCAAGAAACUCUUUAUUGCAUCGGAGAAUACGUUGAAGCUCUUUCUUCCGGAGAAGAAGGCUACAAUUGUAUCGUAUUUGGUAAGAAUAUUGGAGGAUUAACAACGGUCGUUUUAAACCUUCUUGAUGAUUUCUUAGGAGACACUUCAAACCAAAUGAUUUCUCAAUCAGAAACGAAGUAUGAAUGUCGUAAAUUAGGCCUGUAACUACUAUAAAUGUAAUCAAGUAAUAAUAAAAGUAUCCUGUGAUAAUUAAUAGAAAAUAUGCUAGAAGAUUUAGAUUUAAAAAAACCACGAUAUUGAAAUCAAUGGCGUGAUUUUUAUGAAUUUAAACAAUGGAAUGUGUAUGUAUUGAUAAUU